AUUAAUUAACUUGAACCCAAAUCAUAAUUUCGUUGGCACGCAAAUGUCACAAGGACUCCCCUAAUUUUCUCCCUAAUCGUGAAAUCCUUGACACCUGCUACAGUUUUAAACAAUUUCCGUAAAUAAAAUCCCCAAAAGCGAGCUCAUUAAAAUGUUGUCUGUGAAUCAGUGCAAAUCAAGUGCUAUAAAAGCGGGAAAAGCGAGAAAGUUCAAGUAGUCUGAGCUCAAACGGAAGUCAAAGAGACAGGAAAGUAUUUCAGGUUUACUGUUGACACCGUACGUUGGGCGCCAAGUGCCUAAAACAAUGAUUUGACAUUCGCUUAAUCAUCACAUCACAAAUGAACUCUACAACAAUCAACGAUAAACCCAACCGAAAUAUAUUCGGUCUACGAGGUAUUUGGGCCACAAUUGUGCCGCUCUUUUCGAUUACGCUACUCAUUGCGUUGAUUUUGUGGCUGCUACGGAAAUUCAUUGAAGGACCGUUCUAUCGUAAAACAAAUCGCAUCGAUGGCAAGGUGGUCAUCGUCACCGGCUGCAACACGGGCAUUGGCAAGGAGACGGUCCUCGAGCUGGCGCGGCGUGGUGCCAAGAUCUACAUGGCCUGUCGAGAUCCCGCACGCUGCGAGGCAGCUCGCAUUGAGAUCAUCGAUCGCACCCAGAACCAACAGCUCUUCAAUCGCAGCAUCGACUUGGGAUCGUUGGAGUCGGUGCGCAACUUCGUUGCUCGCUUCAAGGCGGAGGAGACCCGACUCGAUCUGCUGGUGAAUAAUGCCGGCAUUAUGGCCUGUCCACGCUCCCUAACUGCCGAUGGCUAUGAACAGCAGUUUGGCGUCAAUCAUCUGGGUCACUUUCUGCUCACGAAUCUCCUCCUCGACCAUCUGAAAAAAGCGGCGCCUAGUCGCAUUGUGGUCGUUAGCUCGGCGGCCCAUUUGUUUGGCCACAUCGAUCGUGAGGAUCUGAUGAGCGAACGCAGGUACAGCAAGUUCUUUGGCGCAUACAGUCGCUCCAAGUUGGCCAACAUCCUCUUCACCCGCAAAUUGUCCUCGAUGCUUCAGGGCACCGGGGUUACCGUCAACUGUCUGCAUCCGGGAUUGGUGCGUUCCGAUCUGAAUCGUCAUUUUCGUGCACCUCGCUGGUUUCUCGGUCUGCUCAGCAUUGUCUCUCUGUAUUUCGUGAAAUCCCUGCGAGCUGGAGCUCAGACUACUUUGCGUCUCGCACUUGAUCCGUCGCUGGAGGGUUGCUCGGGGGAUUAUUAUGCGGACAGCAGGCGGUUUCCGCUGGUGCCGUGGGCACGUGACGAAAAGACGGCCAAUUGGCUGUGGGGGGAGAGCGAGAGGCUGGUGGGACUGGCGCACAACGUUGAGCAGUCGACAGCACGUGAUGAUGAUGAUGAUGAUGAAUCAAUUAAGACGGUCGUCGUCAGUGAAUAAUAGUUUAGUAGAAAGGCUAAUUGAUGGCGAGCGACCGUUAACUGGCACUUAAUAGAGGAACAAGAGACUCAUCCUAGUGAUUUCCUCAACGUUCAGUUCCAAUUGAGGACUUUGGUCUUCGUGAUAAACUGACUAAUGUAAAAAUUGAAUUGUAAAAAACAUUUUCUCACAACCUCGAUGCCUAUUGAAUUCUCUAGUUAUGCAUACAAUAGUUGCUUUGAAU